AUGACGUGCAGGCGUGUGCGAAUCACGCACGCACAACAGGGGAAGGGGAGUGCGAAAGAGAGGAUAGGAUGGAAAGAAAAGAACACGCCUUUUUUUUUUUUCCUCCCCUUUUCGCGCCUUGGCCACCAAACACACACACACACACACACACACACAAACACACACACACACACACACACACAUACAUCCAAAAUGACCAUGUCGUCGACUCCACCUUUCCUUCACUUGCUGCUCUUGUUCCAUACCUGGGCCGUGGGUUCGACUUUCGAGCUGACCCUGUUGCACACCAACGACAACCACGCGCGGAUCGAGGAGACCAGCGUGGACUCCGGGAAGUGCCCGGCCGAGGGUCCCUGCUUCGCGGGGGUGUCGCGCCGCUUCACCAAGGUGUCGGAGGUCCGCCGGAAGGAGAAGAACGUGCUGCUUCUGGACGCCGGAGACCAGUUCCAAGGCACCGUGUGGUUCAACUUCUACAAGGGAGCGGAAGCGGCUUACUUCAUGAACAAACUUAGAUAUGACGUCAUGGCGUUUGGCAACCACGAGUUUGACAACGGAGUGGAGGGUCUGAUUGAUCCUUUCCUGCGGGAUGUUAAUUGCUCCGUGGUGAGCACCAACCUGAAAGCCAACAAGACUUUGCUGAGCGGUUACUACCAGCCUCACGCCGUGCUCACUGUGGGCUCGGAGAGGGUGGCUGUGGUGGGCUACACCUCCAAAGAGACCCCCUUCCUCUCACAGCCAGGACCACAUUUAGAAUUUGAAGAUGAAAUAGAGUCCCUCCAGACUGAGGUCGACAAGCUCCAGACACUGGGCUAUAAUAAGAUCAUCGCCCUGGGUCACUCUGGCUUUGACGUGGAUCAGAAAAUCGCCAAGCAAGUGAGAGGAGUCGAUGUGGUCAUCGGAGGACACACCAACACAUUCCUGUACACAGGAACCGCUCCAUCGACUGAAAUACCAGCAGGUCCAUACCCAUUAAUGGUGAAAUCUGACGACGGCAGAAACGUUCCAGUGGUCCAGGCAUACGCCUUUGGAAAGUACCUGGGCUACCUUAAAGUCACCUUUGAUAAGGCUGGGAAUGUCAUCAAAGCAGCCGGAAACCCAAUCCUCAUGGACGGAAGCAUUCCACAAGACCCCGCCAUCCUUGCCGACGUAAAGAACUGGAAGAAGGAUCUGGCUCAGUACUCGUCGCAAUAUGUCGGACAGACUUUGGUCUACCUCAAUGGCUCGUUUGAGGAAUGUCGCUUUCGGGAAUGCAACCUUGGGAACUUGAUUUGUGACGCAAUGGUGAGUCACAAUCUAAAGUACCCCGAUAAAAUGCAGUGGAAUCAUGUGGGCAUUUGCAUGUUGAACAGUGGCGCCAUACGCAGCGCCAUUGACGAGCGCUACAACAAGGGUAUCAUAACAAUGGAGGAGAUCAUGACUGUUUUACCAUUCGGCUCAACUAUGGACUUGAUCCAGAUUACGGGAAUGACGAUGAAAAAGGCAUUCGAGCACUCCGUUCACAGAUACGGAACCAUGCGUGGAGAAUUUCUACAAGUCUCAGGAAUCCAAGUAGAGUACGACUUAUCAAAGCCAGCAAACCAACGGGUGGUUUCCUUAUCGGUGCUCUGCACCAAAUGCAGAGUGCCAAAGUACGAGCCGCUAGACCUGAAGAAGACGUACACCGUGGUCACGCCUUCCUACCUAGUGGCCGGCGGUGACAGCUACAACAUGAUCAAGGAAGAGAUGUUGAAGCACAAUACAGGGGAUAUGGACAUUUCGGUUUUGUCCAAUUACAUCAGAGAAAUGAAACGCGUCUACCCAGCGGUGGAAGGGCGGAUCAAGUUCAGGAACUCUGCGGUACUUGCGGCCCACGGCCUCCGCCCACUGCUGCUGAGUUUAUGUCUGAGUCUGGCAUUCUGGUUAUGAGGCAUUUAGGAGACUGCGGGUAGGUUUUUAUCCUCAGGGCAAAUUCAAUAGCCAGCCACGCAAAACGUCAGGGCUGAUUUAUUAAAUAUGUUCCUUAUAUUUCUUGAAUUUGAAGUGGGAUAUAGUUAUUUCCACCAGGCAUGUAUUAUUUGACACGUAGUUGCUAAGCCUGCACUGCACCACACAACCCUGCACUUUCUGUGCUUCCAUGCAGUCGUGUCACGCACAUUUAAAGGCAUUGGUGGCUGUGACUUAUGAUGAUUAGGACCAAUUGUUCUACGUCGCCUACAGUUUACAAGAAAAUGGACGCAAGUUAGCAGUUAAAGAACAUUCCAUUAUAAUUUAAAAAAAUAUUGUGUUUUAUUUCAAUCAUUGCAUAAAUUACUGAAUAGAUUAUGUUAAGCCAUUAAGUAUUCGAGACGCUUGUGAUUAAGAUUUAUUCAUAUUUGUUGUAACAGAAACUCUCUCCCAAGGAUUAGUGAGUUUUGGUUUUUUUUCGUAAAAAAGGAGAUUAUUAUGCCCAUAAUUUUAUAUCAACGCGAGAAAUAUAUGUUGUGUGAGUUUGUUUAAUCACAUUUGCAGGAGUAAUUGUUGUACCUGCACAUAGUUACACUUUAUGCUACUCAAUAUUAUUUAAUGAACUAUUCAUGGAUUAUUACCAUGAAUUGAUUUACGUGGACCCCGACUUAAACAAGUUGAAAAACUUAUUCGGUUGUUACCAUUUAGUGGUCAAUUGUACGGAAUAUGUACUGUACUGUGCAAUCUACUAAUAAAAGUGUCAAUCAAUCAAUCAAAGGCUAGAGUUCUAUAUCAAUAUGUUCACUGUUUAUUGUGUUUCUUAACCCUCGGGCCAGGGCUCAUUGUUGGGCCGCAAAUGCCCCCUAAAGGGCCGCCUUUAAAAAAAAUAGUUUGUCAGCUGUGGUCCGUAUGAGCCACAGCGGUACUCAGUUGUAAUACCCUUUUCCACCUCUUGUGGCAGUAAUGACAAUCUCAAUCUCAGCUCUGUCGCAAACAGAAGUCUGGAGCCUAAGUCAUAGAGAAGUUUCUGAAGCGCAAAAAUUAUGACUAAAGUGGUGAAGUUGUAUUUUCAUUUGCACUUAAAUUUUAUUGACAGUUUAGGUAAGAAACAUAUUAUGUACCGUACUUUUCGGACUAUAAGGCGCACUUAAAAUCCUUUUUUUCCCCUCAAAACUCGACAGGGCGCCUUAUGUAAGGAAUAAGUUUGGUUGAGCUUACCCACCUCAAAGCAAUUUUAUUUGGUACAUGGUAUAAUGAUAAGUGUGACCAGUAGAUGGCAGUCAAACAUAAGAGAUAAGUGUAGGCUGCACCGUUUCAUGUGCUUCAACAUACGAGUAUUAUUAUGGUGUGUAUAAGGUAAAACAUUAUUAUCUGGCGUUUUGUUUUGCAAUAUUAUGCAAAAGCAACUUUUCUUACCUUAUGGUACCUGCUGAUCUGUAUUUGGGAUCUGCAUAAAUCCUGUAAAUUUGCGUGCGUCCGCCUUUGUAGUCGAUAAGCUUCUAAUGUUUCUCUAUCUUCUUGUUAUGGGGCAUUCAUCAUCCGCUGUUGCCAUUUCUAAUAUAAAGUAGUGUAAAGUUCUUACUUAUAUCUGUCAGUAAACUCGCCAUGAAAGCGCUAAAACAUACCGGUGUAGUGAGUUUACAUUAUUCACCCAAGGAACUUUAGUUAUUAGAGAGUUCUGGUCGGACGUUUUUUCACGGGACACACUUCCAGUGUGGUUGUUUCCGGAUGAGGAGAUGCUGCGCCGUUAUUGAUUACCGGUACUGAAUGUCAUUAAAACAGUUAGCGCCAU